CCGGGUAGGGCCGGGGGUAGCGCCGGUCCCGGUAUGGCCGUCUGCCGCUGCUCUGCCGGGUAAAGGCCGCCUGUGGGCCCGGCAUGCGCUGGGCAGCGCUAAGAAACCGGCUGGCCGUCGGCCCCGUAUCGCCUCCUGAGCGAUAGGUCUGCGCUGUCAAACGAAGGUUGGGUUGCGCAGCCCCGCUGAGGGCGUGCUGCUGGCAGAGCGGCAGGCUGAGCACGGAACGGCCGCUUUGCUCCGCCUGCCCGCGCUCUGUGUGCUGCCUGCAUCUCGCACUGCUGUGUGUCGGCUCUGCGGGCAGGAGGUUUGCGGCUGUCGUCUUCCACUCCCACUGCGUCUCUGCAAGAUCGGUAUCUUCUAUCCUUCCCCCUUUUAACAGUGCUUUGGUGCCGGCCUCUUCUCUCUGCGGUCCGAUCUGCGGGUACAGCUUGAGGCUGCCUCAAAAAAAGAAGACCAGGAGGGGAGCUAUUACAAAAGUCUCUUUGGCAGCUGUGUUCCUGCGGCUCGUGAGCUCCUGUCAUCCUCCUUUAGGAGCCCAGAGAUGUAUUCAGUAAAUCAAACAAGGCUGGGUGCUGCAGGGUGAGCUCUGAGGAGCUGCAGAUUGGUUUGCUCAGCCACACGACCUUCCAUUCCCAGAGUAUGCUGAGAUCUUUUAGAUGCAACUUGUAUGUGCAGCCGAGGCUGUUAGCACAGCAUGUGGUGAGCUGAAAGGCACAAAAUGCUCUUUGUGAAGAAGAUCCCGAUUCGUGGCCUUGGUCUGCAACUUCUCAGAGAGAAGAGCGAGCGGAGAAGCAGUCCCUCCUUCCUGCCAAGCUGCGUAAGCUCAAAUCUCUUCUCCAGCACCAGGAGCUGCACUAGAUUUGCCAAGCCUGAAUUUGUCAUUGUCAUCUGAGCUCUGGAAGAACUCAGCAGAUCCUCAAGGUGCUUAGCAUUAAGAUGUCUGGUGGUGGCAGAUGAAGUGAGGAAUGAGAUCUUCUAGCAAGUUAUCUCUGGGGUGGAAGAAGUGCUUGUGGGCAGAGACUGAUUAGCAGCACAGAGGAGCCCAGCAGAGCUGCCUGCAGCCUUGGACAGCACACUCAUGGUCUCACGGAGUGGCCUUCAGCAUGCGGCCGUCACCUCCUAUGCAUACAAACUCCAGUGCCUCAAAAGCCAGGUGAGGCAAAUCUCCAGGGAGAGGGACAAGGCCAGACUGGACUUAGAGAAAGCGGAGAGACACUGCCUGCAGCUCAGCAGAGAGUUGGACAAGCAGUACAUCGCCCUCAAGCAUAGCCAGAGCAAGCUCAAGGAUGUUCAGACUGAAAUGGAGGCGAAAGAGCUGCUUUUGCAGCAAGCUAUCAACCAUCAAGUGAAGCUGGAGGCUGAUGCACAGUUCUUCCAGGGCAAAGAGGCCACCCUUCAUGGGAGACUGAACCUCAUGAUAAAGGAGAACACACAGCUGCAAAACAAAGUCAUGGAGAUGGGUGAGAAACUGACCGCCUCUGAGAAGCUGGUGUUGGAGCUUCAGAAAGAGCUCAACCUCGUUGUGAAGGACAAGCUGGACCAGGAGGAGCCCCACAACUCCGAGCUCCUGAACCAUGGCAAAUACUUUUCAGAGAUUGUGCUGGAAUACGAGCGGCAAUGUCAGAGAGUCAAGGUGCUGUGGGACCAGAAUGACAUGCUGAAAAGAGAGCUGGAAGAACUGCGUCUUCAGCUGCAGGACAACAGGGCUGAGAGGGGGCUGCUGGCUGGAGAGAUGUCAAUCACAACGCAGCAGCUCCAAGAACAGCUGCAGGACCUGAAGGUGCAGCUGGAAACCAAGGUAAACUAUUAUGAGGAGGAAAUGGAGCUAAUGAGGAAAACCUUUGAAAGGGAGAAGGACAGCAAGGAAAACGUCAAGGCUGAGAUGAGCAAGGUGGAAGACCAGGAAGAAGACCUGAAAGAAACAGUUUCAAAGUACCAAGCUGUAACUGAUGUCAUGAAGGAGCAAAAAGGUGUGCAGAGCCUGGAGCUGGAGGAGAGGUUUGAGAUGGAGCCGGCCAGGGUUGAACUUCAGCACACUGAAGGCACAGGCCAUCCAAGGCAGCAGCUGAACCAGGAAGGAGAAGAGCUGAGAACACAGUGCAGGAACAGAGGGAACAACAGGGGAGAGCAGGGCUGGCUUCUGGAGGAGAACAGCUUGCUCAAAAGUCAACCUGGGAGACUCCAGAAAGAGCUGAGGGAGGCUAAGGAGAAGUGCAGCAGACAUGACGAGAAACACAUGAACAAGUUGAGCAGAGAGAAGGUAGAAAAGCUGGCUGUAGCAGUAAAGUUGAAGAAGUCGAGUGGAAAGAGCAAUGUGGAGAAUUCCCAGACGAACAUCAAGGUGAGUAAGCUGAGCCAUGAGCUCCUGGAGCAUGAGGCCAGCCGCAGCGCCAGCACUGGGUCCACCCAGCUGCAGAACCAGAGGCUCAUGGAAGUACAAGGAGUGGAGAUGGUCCUGAGGCCAGAGCACUGCCAGCAGCAUGCAGUGUGUUGGUCAGAGAUGGAGCUGCUCCAGCAGCAGCUUGAGGCAUCGCAAGAGGAACUCUUUGAAGCCAAAGCAAGCCUGAGUCUGGCUCAGACUCAGCAUGCACUGCAGCUGCAGCAGGCCAAGGCACAGCUGAACAAUGUGGUGCCAAGGAAACAGUUUGAAGAGCUGCAAGCCAGCUUGAGAGAGGAACAGUGCAAGGUUCAGCAGCUCCAGGCAAACCUCCAGCAGCAGGCUGAGCAGGCAUGCAGGCAGCUGGUCAGGACCCAGAAAGAACAUGAGCGCCUGUUGCAGGCAGCUGUAGAGCAGGCAGAGGGGUUGCAGUGUGACCUGAGGAGUGCUGAAGCUGCGCUUGCAGACAGGGCAGCUCGCCUCAAGGAUGCACAGGCCCAACUCUCCAGGAACAAACUGCUGAUUAAAGACCUCCGUGAAGAAAACAGAGGGUUUGCAAUGGCCCUGCAGGCAGCUGAACUGAAGCAAAUGAGCACUGAGAAGAAGAACCACAUGCUGGAGGAGCAGGCCUUGGCCUUGAAGAAGCUUAUUGAAAAAAUCACACCAGCAUCUCUGAGUGUAUGAUGGAGCACUGCUGUGUCAGCCUUGCUCCUGAGCCUGGCUGAGGUUUGUCAGUUCCUCUUGGGCUCUAGGAGACUGUGAGCCUGAAGUUUCCUAAAGCCUGAGCCUAGGAUCCAAACUAACCUGUUGGUGGAUUGUUGCCUCUGCCAUAAGCAGAUCAGAGCACCUGAGGGAAGAAUCCUCUUCAGAUUUGAAUCUCCAAGGCUUGGAGCAGGGCUGGUGUCCCCUGUGCAGCACCAUACUUCAGCAAGCUGUCCUUACUGCACUUCCUCAGGGAGAGAAGGAAGCAUAGCUGUGAAAGGACUCCUGUGAUUCUCAAGGGACUGUGGUGGCUGCUACAGGAGAAAGACUAAAUAAGCCUGACUGCAACAGAGAGGUAACGCAGAGGCUGACAGUCAAUACAGGCAAAAGGGCUUCAACACAGAUCAAGCUGUUGUUGGCAUGAAAGUAAGUGGGGAUAAAUUGGCUCUUAACUCCUAGCCUGGCAGUGCAGGGAUGUUCUCCAGCCAUGCUUCUAUAAGGGACAGGACAGGGACAACACCAGGAGAGAGCUGACUGAGGAGGCCUCAGGACUGGGGGUGAUUUUUCUGUUGUGGUGGAAGAUGGCAGAGACUUUUCCUGUCUUGGGCCAGCCCUAAAGAGUAGGGCUACUGGGAAAGCUGGUAAGGAUAAAAGGCCACACAGGGUGGCAAACCACAAGCUAGGGUUAGCUCAGGGGUGUUCCCUGCCUGAGGCUGGGAACAGGAGUGCAAAAACUGCUUGGGCACUUCUCUGCUUGCGUUCUUCCUUAAGAUACUGCUUUUUUUUUUUUUUGCUUUUGUCAGAUGGGCAUCAGGCCAGGAAAGCCUGUGGUCUUACCUGGAGCUUAUGCUUUUGGGAGUACUGUCUCUCAGCCACCAUUGAAGAUACCUGGCUGUUCUUCUUCAACAAGACAGUGGUGCCAUCAUCGAUCUCAAAUUCUCCAUAGUCUCUCAAACACCGUACCUGUGAAGCAGAAGGGUAGCUGUGUCUGCUGUGUCACCUCCCACAGAAAAUGUCACACAGAGACUAUCAGACAUCACUGCCAAUGUAAGAGUUAUGGAGCAUGUGUUUGAAGCAUGGACAUAUUCUUACCCACCUCAUACACCCCUGACCUGAAAGUAUAAAGCCUGAUGGACCCCAUAGUCUGAGGGCCCUGCCUGAUGUUCUCUUCAUGCCUCUGCCUGCAACAAGAAGCACCAGUGGGCAGAGCAGGCACUCCAGAGAUAAGGGAAAGAGCAGCGCUGCACAACAGCAGAAUUUCUAGAACCCCCUCAUGUGGCAGAAAACAGUCUGUUAACAGUGAAACAGUUACAAAGAGCAGGCUGGUUGCCUCUAUGUUUUCUUUCUAAGAGAACACAGCACUUCAGCUACUGACUCUGAAAUCAUUUUCUACUUGCUUUUGCUUUGUUGUAUCAAUGGCAUAAAACAUUUCAUAGUCUGAUCUAUGAAAAUCUAUUCAAAACGAUGACAAGAAAGCACCAACACCUUGUUAACAGUGCUUAAGCGAGAACAAGUUUUCUAAUUGAUCUGAAGAGGUCUUUAGAAGAAUAAUUAAAUUUCUACCAAUUAAAUGCU